UACCUUGUAAUAAAAUGUACAGUAAAUUGCUAUGAAUAAAGGUGUAUGCCAAAUGCAUAAAAAUUGUAAAAUGAAUAUCAUAGGCCUAUACCUUUUUCUUUAGACUUAGAAAAUAUUUUUAAUAUUUCAAAGUAUUUUUAUUUCUUAUUUAAGUUUUUGAAUUUAGUGUAAUGCCCUCUUUCAUGUUUAAAAUGGCAUACUGCAUAGUGCUGGGGUAGGUUUAUGUAAAUGUAAAUCUAUUUUGGGAGGGGACAAAAUGUCCUUAUCUUGGGUCCAGUCACUACAGAACCUGUGAAGCAAGCAAGUCUUACCUGGCUCACAGAGACGACUGACCUCAUUUAAUCCGUGCUGCAAAAAAGGGAAGGAUGAAGAUGUGUGCAUUUUUUGGUGUUUUCUUUCUAUGUUUUUUUGCCAAUAAUUUCAGUGCUGCCAGAUUCAUUCCUGAAGGAGUACCCUAUGAUGAACCUCCAGCUGUGCCUUACUGGCCAUAUUCCACCUCAGAUUUCUGGAACUAUGUGGAGUACUUUCGCAGCAUUGGGGCCUACAACCAGAUCAAUGAAAUGGCCAGAACAUUCUUUGCUCAUCAGCACCUGGGAGACACGCUGGGCUAUGAAGUGGCUGCACAGCAUGAACAUUGAAUUGAUGUGAUCAUUGAGUUGAUGUGAUCAUUGAACAUAGAGUUGACUGGUUCACGAAUCAUUUUAGUUUAUAUCAACAGAGUAAUGUAACACUGCAUGAAUUUAUAGCCUUAGAAUGAUACAUUGUACUUUUGUCAUAUCAUUAAAAUGUACUUUUGGGUUUAGUUGAAAUGUUGCUAUUAAUAAGUUGUAUUAAAAGGGCUUUUUCAUAUUUUAAAGCUGCAAUCAAUAAAUGUGUUUGUUAAAAUGAGUAAAACAGUUAUUAAGCAACUACAUAAAAAAAUCAGUGUUUAAAACUGCA